UUUCUAGUUUCACAUUUCACAUUAUUUCACAACAUGGUCAACAUUAACAUCAUCAUGUCCAUGUCGAGGAGGCAAAUGUAGCUGUCUGCUGUUUUGUUUUGUAACGAAAAUUAAGCAGUAACUUUGCUCUCACAAACAGAGUUUGUUGUCUGGAAUUGAUCUCAACUCAAGAAGAACGUUUGUCAUUCAUCCGACAAAAUGUGCAGUGUUGAGGAAGACGGAGAUUUACAGCCCCUCGCAAGUGAAAAAAGAAAUAAAGUGAAGACCUGUGUCAAAUGUGGUGAGCCAGGUGUUCUGAUCACUCGGAUUCAUGAUUCCUUCUGCAAGGCCUGCUUCCAGGUGUACGUGGUGCACAAAUUCCGAGCUGCGAUUGGAAAGUCCAAACUCAUUCGUGAUGGCGAGCAUGUGCUGGUGGCUUUUUCUGGGGGAGCCAAUUCUGCUGCUCUCCUUCAUUUGAUCCAGGAUGGUCUCAGUGUAAGAGCACAUAAGAAACUUAGAUUCAUUCCUACUCUUCUUCAUGUUGAUGAAUGUUGUGUGCUGGACCUACCCCAGUCAGAGAAUCAGAGACUGAGAGAAAAAGUUUCCCAACUCAUGACAGAGUCAGGAUUUCCUUCCUACCUCACCUCACUGGAGCUGGGCCUCAACAUAGAUAGAAACAAAAAAGACAACUCCUCACAAGACAAAACAUGUCCCUUCUGGUCGACUGAAAGGGAUGUGACCUUGACCCCACCUGAUGUAGACGUCACUGAUGACCUCAAGGUCAGACUCAGCUCUGUGCUACAAGGUUUGAGUUCGACCUCAAGCCGUGAAGACUUUAUUAGGAAUCUAAGGAAUCAGUUGAUUGUGUGUAUAGCUCGCCAGAUGGGCUUUACCAAAAUCCUUACUGCUGAGUGCUCCACUAGGUUAGGAGUUCGAAUCCUGACCGAUGUCUCCCAAGGUCGUGGGUCCCAGGUGGCUCUUAACACGGGCUUUUCUGAUGCCAGAAAUGGAGACGUAAUGUUUGUUCGGCCUGUGAGAGAUCUGAAUGCUAAGGAGCUGACAUUAUAUAACAAUAUGUUUGGUGUGGACAGCGUUUUCAUCCCAUGCAUCACCACAAAGGGCCAGCCGGGGGCGAGUAUCGAGAGACUUGCGGAGACGUUUGUCACAGGACUGCAGGCAGACUUUGCCUCUACCGUCAGCAACAUUGUCAGGACUUCAGAAAAACUUGGACUUCCGGACCUGAACUCCACUAAGUGUGUUUUGUGUCAGUCACCUCUGGACACUGACGUGGGCAGCGCUUCGGCUCUGAGAGCAGUGGAGUUUUCUCUCAAGUUGUCCAGGGCGGGCGGCACCGGCAGCAGUUCUGUGUCGUCACCGUCCACUAACGGGGACAAGUCUUGUACUUCUACACAGUCAGCUCCGGGCUGUUGUGGACAGGGUGAUGGAAGCUGUCAGACACGGCCACCCACCAGGCUGGAAACGGAGGAAAUCAUGGACCAUUUGUGCUUCGGUUGUCGAUUGUCGCUGAGAAAUUUUAAUGGGAGCACGGAGUCUCUGCCAGUAUUCGUCACGACGGAGACAGAGGCUGCUAGACAAAGAGCCAAACUGAGGGAAGAAAUUGCAGAUUUUCUCCUCGAGGAUGCAGAAGAUUCUUGAUGAGCAGAGAUGCGCUAUUGAUUAGUUUUAGCCUCCCAUGUGAUAUAACAUUUUGUCGUCGAUCCGUCACAACUAGCUUUUAUUUGCAAAAUUUUCACAAAGGAUGUCACUUCUGUGUUAUGAAAGAGUUUGUUUUCAAAACUCAACGUACGCAGUUUUUAAAACGCAACAUAUUUAUGCAAUUUUCAAAGAUUCAAGAACACCACUCUCAAAUGAUUCAGUAGCAAACAGUAACAGCGGAGAUACAAAUGUUUUCCGUCAAAAUACUUUAUUUUCAAGCUUUAUGUCGCAUUUUGGCUGAAAAUAUUUGUAUCUCCGCAGUUACUGUUUGCUACUGAAUCGUUUGAGAGCGGGGUUCCCAAGUCUUUGAAAAUUGGGCAUGUCUCGUUUUGAAAAUAAACUCUUAUGUGUCACGACGUAGUGGAAUCAAGCGCUCGUCAAUUUUUGGGCAGGGUAUCAUUAUAAAGCUUGUUCAUUUGUCUUGCUUUCGUUGAAAAAAUUACACAUCUACCUUGAAUAGGAGUCGAGAUAUUUGCAAUUAAAGGAGAUGGUGUUGCUUGGUUUCAGAGGUAAAAUUAGCAAGAAAAUGGCCGAUAAAGUUUGGCGACUACCUAUGCUUGAGAGUCCUUGGAAAAUGCAAAUUUACAUCUUUUGUGCCUUUGAUCGUUUUUUCAGUAAAAUCGACACAUGAGAAAGUGUUUUUAAAUGGAAAUCCUACAGGAAUUAAUUAAAAAAAAGGUUUUAUGUGAAAAUAUACUUUCUUCUUCUUUUGUGGAAAGCUUUUUUUUGAGAGGACUUCUUUGAAGUUUGAUGUAUGAUUUGUUUUCCUUUACUUCACUCCUCAUCCUACAUCUGUCCAUGUUUGUGGGUGGCUGGCGGGUGAUCUGGUGUGGUCUGCUCCUUUUCUCGUAUCAAAUUCAAACAUCAUCA